AUCCAAGAGUUACAGAUAAAGAGUGAAUUUUCUAUCAUUCAAUAUCUUGUGGGGGAUUUUAUACUUCUUCCCUCUCAAGAAACUUGAACUUACUGCUUCAUAUUCAUAACAACAUAGUGUCAACAUGGGUUUUGAUGAAGAAGAAUUGUUAAUUCAAAAGGUUUGUGAGAUCUAUGACAACAUAUCCACCCUAAAAAGCCUCAAACCUUCAAAAGAUGUCAACACUCUUUUCACUCAAUUAGUCCUAACUUGCAUGCCACCAUCUCCAAUUGAUGUCACCAAGUUAUCAGUCACGGUCCAAGAAAUCCGUUCCAAGCUCAUUUGUCUCUGCGGGCAAGCUGAAGGUCUCUUGGAAUCUCAUUUCUCAACUCUAUUAGGUUCCUUUGAAAACCCACUUGAUCAUAUCAAUAUCUUUCCGUACUAUACAAAUUACCUUAAGCUUGGCCAUCUUGAGUUCACUAUCCUUAACAAACAUAUCGCAAACCCGAAUCCUAAUCGUAUUGCUUUCAUUGGUUCCGGUCCCUUGCCGCUCACAUCAAUCGUGUUGGCUUCAUACCUGAGGACCACUACCUUUCACAAUUAUGAUAUCGACCCGUUAGCCAAUGCAUUGGCUCUUAAUUUGGUCUCUGCGGAUGCUGACUUAUCAAAGCGUAUGUUCUUUCAUACUACUGAUGUUAUGAAUGUUUCUAGUGGGUUAAACGACUUUGAUGUUGUUUUUCUAGCUGCUUUAGUCGGCAUGAACAAAGAAGAGAAAAGUACAAUUAUUGAUCAUUUGGCUGAGUACAUGGCACCAGGGUCCAUACUCAUGCUGAGGAGUGCUCAUGGUGCUCGUGGCUUUCUCUAUCCGAUUAUUGAGCCUAGUGAUUUGAGCGGUUUCGAGGUUCUCUCGGUAUUUCAUCCAAUGGAUGAGGUAAUAAAUUCAGUGAUCAUUGCACGUAAGUAUAAGAACGAGCCAGUUCUAGUUAAUACGGUUAUUAAUCAUCAAGGAGUUGCACCAGCCAUGGUAUUACCAACCAAAUGUUCUGAAAUUCAAGGUUUUAAUCCUACUGACCGCUCUAGUAUGAUUGAAGAAUUGGCAAUUCAUGACCAAGAACAGCUCAUUUAAUGAAUUUCGCCCUUGCUGGAUCUUUCCUCUCAUUCAAUCUACAUGGUGAGAGUUGCAUCCAUCUUUGAUUAUUACUUAGAUUUAUUUAUCUCUG